AUGAAGAAGCGUGCGGUGAUAGUUUGGAUCUACGGAGGAGGUUUUGUAAGUGGUUCCAGCAACCCUAAGACUUAUGGCCCGGAUUUUCUGAUCGAGGAAGAUGUAGUAGUUGUUGCGAUGAACUACCGCUUGGGAGCGCUGGGGUUCCUGUCUUUGAAACACACUAACGCCACGGGAAAUGCUGGACUUAAGGACCAGAAGAUGGCACUGGAGUGGGUGCAGAAGGAGAUCGAGAGCUUUGGAGGGGAUCCGAAGAAGGUUACUGUUUUUGGACAAAGCGCGGGAAGCGCUAGUGCCUUGUUCCAGGUUCUUUCAGAGGCAUCUAGUGGACUGUUCAGGUCCGCCAUUGCUAUGACUUUUGGAAGAAGUCUUGGAGUCGAUACUACAGACCCGGAGGUGCUUUUGAAGAAGCUUUACAGUUCUUCUGCAGGAGAACUUGUCCUAGCAAUGACAAAGACUACUAACGUCUUUGUGCCGUAUUUGUUGCUAACCCUCGAAGAUCCUAAAGCAGAGUCGCCAUUUUUGACGCAAUGCUCAGUCGAUAAGCUAAAAACCAACAAUUUCAACCAGGUGUCGGUGAUGUUAGGAUUUACUAGCCUAGAAACGUUGUUUUACAUUGGAAACAAUAAACUUGCACGGGAUGAAAUUAUCGGCGGCGCCCUUGAAAUCGUCAAAAAUAUAUCAGAGCUGCAGAAUACCGAACAGGUUAAGUUUUUUCAAGAAAUGCAAACUUUUAGUAAAAACAAUGAGACUUUUUCUAAUGAUGAAAUCUACAAGAUGUGUAACAUCACAACCGACAUGCUCUAUUACAACGGAAUAGACCUAACUCGGCAGCUUUUAGCUUCUAAAAUUCCGGUUUACUUCUAUCGGAAUUCAUUUGACUACCCUCAAGCUCUGCAUAGAGUAAUGGGAAUCAAUAUCAACGGCACUGGACAUUCAGAUGAUGUUCUGCACAUCUUUUGGGCAUCUAACUUCAACCAGCCGCUUGAUCCCAAGAGUGACAUCGGGAUCCAGCGGAUGAGAAUGGUCAAAAUGUGGACCAACUUUGCGAAAUAUGGCGAUCCAACUCCUGGGGAUCUUGAUCCGGUUUUGAACAUAAAAUGGCCGCUUACGGAUUCAGAAGGGCAACCCGUUGAUGAUUUUGUGAGAUAUUUGCAACAUGUAAUGGAACCUUUACUGGGUAAAGAAAAUGGAUGCCAAUAA